GGCAACUCGCGUGAUUCAAUCCUCUACAGAGCGCCCUUUCCCUAGGAACCUCAAUCUGCACCCUACACGAGCAGUAAUUACCGCGACCCGACCGACACCAGUACAACGCAUCAUCAUACCCACCCCACGCACCGCCGCGGCAUGUUCUUUCUAGGCGCAUAAAUUACCACCCUGGUGCAACACAACAAGAUGAUUUCAGAUCAGGAAAAGAGCUUGGGAGUCUUUCUAAGGGAUCUGCCUCGCGAGUUCAACAACCGCUACACAGAAGAAGCAGACUCGGUCCUUCGCUCUCGCCUCUUCCGCUCCCUCGUCGGCGAUGAUGAAACAAAGUUGAACCUUUUGUUCCCCGACGGUGUCCCGGAUGGAGAACAAUGGGUGCUCCGCGAUGCACAGGGCGCCGUUGAUGGCGCCGAAUACACCGCCGCAGCAAAAGGCCACCCUUGCGGCCACAUCUUCAAAGCCGGCGAGUCCACAUACCACUGCAAGACUUGCGCUGCCGACGACACUUGCGUCCUUUGUGCAAAGUGCUUCGCCGAGUCAGAUCAUGAGGGUCACAUGGUAUACAUUAGUGUCUCUCCGGGCAACAGUGGCUGUUGCGACUGUGCAGAUGACGAAGCCUGGGUCCGUCCUGUUCACUGCACAAUCCACAGCACCGACGACACACCAGGACUCAAGGCUGCUGGAAAGUCAAGCCAGACACCGACAUUACCAGACGAGCUCCUCGAGGUUGUGCGCAUGACAAUAGCAAAAGCUUUUGACUAUAUGUGUGAUGUUUUCUCAUGUUCACCCGAGCAACUGCGCCUGCCGAAGACUGAGGACACCGUAAGAAGAGAUGAGCUUCUGUCACGUCUGACUUCACAUCUUUACGGUGGCGCCGAGGUUGAUGAGUCAGACGAGGAGUACGCGCUGGUCUUGUGGAACGACGAGAAGCACACCGUCACCGACGUCCAGAACCAAGUAGCCAAGGCUUGCAAAAAGCCGAAGAGUUUCGGCCUACUAAAAGCCAUGGAGGUCAACGAUAUUGGUCGAAGUAUCAUCCACUACUCCCGCGACCUUCCCGAACUCCUGCGUAUGGCCGCAGUCAUAGAGCAGCUCAAGGUCACCGUGACAGUUCGCUCAGCCAGAGACACUUUCCGCGAGCAAAUGUGUAGCUCUGUUGUUGACUGGAUCUCUGACAUAUCAGGUUGCUCGAUUGCUUCCGACCCCCAUGUCCUCCGCAACACAAUCUGCGAAGAGCUGCUGCGACCGUGGCGUAUGGGAAGCGAAGCUAUCAAUGCUGCCAUAGGAGAAGGUGGUAUCGAUGAUCACGAGCACGAGGAAAAUGUCAGAAACCGGAGGGAGGAAGCUAGAUGGUUCCGUCCCUUGGCCGGCAUUAAUGUCGUUCGCAUAAACGUAGAGAAUGAUGACGGCGACGAGCAAGGAGUCGACGAGGACGAGGACGAAGACGACGAGAACGACAUGACUAUAGAAGAGUUUCUCAAUGCGGGACCUGACGAUGAAUUUGGCGCUGAAGCUAUGGACUUGGACCCCGAUAACGCCAACCUCCUCGCCAUGGCUGUCGCAGAUACCGACAUGGAUCUUGACCUUGUUGACGUCGACACCGAAGGUCCUGCCGAGAAUCUUGAGGCGACUUUUGCGGGAUAUCCUGCUCCCCCACCACCACCUACACGCCGUCGCACUAGAUCCGUGACAGUGAACGAAUCUGACGAUGGAGAACAACACCCUUCGUCAAGACCAGACCCACCAUCUCAGCCUUCAGCACCCUUCUCUAAUCUCCCAAAGACUCCAAAGGUCAGAGUCAGAUCGAAUCGACCCACUCGUCCUGCUCGUUAUUGGCUCGAAACCCCAGAGGAGUACAGAUCACAGUCAGCCUCUACACCGGCGGAGGACCUUUGGCAAAGAGUGCGCCUCGAUUAUCUCAUACUGUACGAUCUGAGGAUGUGGAAGACGCUACGCGUUGAUCUGCGUCAUUUGUACAUCAGCACAGUUGUGACCGUUCCUCAAUUCAAGCGCAUACUGGGACUCAGGUUCGCUGGUCUAUACACAAUGCUGGCUCAGCUCUAUCUCAUCGCGGACCGUGAACCUGAUCACUCUAUCAUCAAUCUGUCUGUCCAGAUGCUCACGACUCCAUCUAUCACCGCAGAAGUCGUAGAGAGAGGCAACUUCCUUACAAACCUGCUUGCUAUCCUUUAUACGUUCCUCACCACUCGCCAAGUCGGAUUCCCCAAGGAUGUUAACCCGAGUGCGACACUAGCAUUCGAUGCAGGGGCUGUUACCAACAGAAGGAUGUUCCACUUCUUCCUCGAUACGCGCUAUAUGUUCCAGUCCGCUUUUGUGCAGGAAAAGGUUCGAAACGAACCUCGCUAUUUGAUGCAGUUCUUGGAUCUAGUCAAGCUACACCAGGGUAUCUGUCCCAAUGUGCGAGCUGUUGGAGAGCAUGUCGAAUACGAAGCGGACGCAUGGAUCAGUGCUACCUUGAUUAUCAAAGAGAUCAACAGACUGUGUCGUCAAGUUGCAGAAGCUUUCAGAUGGUCUGAUGAUGGAGACACGACCCCUGUACAGAAUGCCAUCAGACAUACCGCGCAAGCCACCUUCAUCAACGCCUUUGGCCUUGAGCGCAACAGGUUCCCGAGCGCAGAAACCAAAGAGGCCCAGAUCUUCCUGCGUUUACUCAACAAGAAGAGACCCAAGUACAUUGAGGCGAUCAGUCGUGAGGCAGCGUGCCGUCAGGGAAGCUACAGCCUGCCUCAGUUUGACGUGACUAACGGUUCGAUGAGCUUCCACCAUCCUCUUCAUUAUCUGUUGUCAUGGUUGCUUGAGGCAGGCGUAGACAUCACACGCGAGGAAAUGCUCAGAGUGUUGCACUUCACCCCUGCAGACUUCAAAGACCCCUGGCAGACGAGUUGGAAGACUCCGCCGCAAGUCACGGCCUACGACUCUGCUGAAAUUGUGACAAUGCUCUUUGAGCAUCCUCUCCGUGUUUGCGCCUGGCUUGCUCAGAUGCGUGCCGGCAUGUGGGUCCGUAAUGGCGUAACUCUCCGUCAUCAGAUGCACCAGUACCGCGGUACCACUCAGCGAGACGUCUCUUAUCAGCGUGAUGUUUUUAUGCUGCAAGCAGGUCUUGUGCUCUCUGGCAGCCCGGACGAAUCUCUAGGCGAAAGAUUCUUGGCCCAAAUCGUUGACAGGUUCGAUCUUUCUGGCUUUGCAAAUGGCGUCUUUGAUAUUUACCCUGGUUACGACGAACAACAGCGACUUGAUGUCACUGAGGAGUUCUUCCAUUUACUCAUUAUUCUACUCAGCGAAAGGCAGAAUCUUUUGCCUGGCCAGGAUAAGCCGAGUCAGCAUGUCAAGAUCUUGCAGCGCGACAUCGCACACGUUCUUUGCUUUAAGCCGUUAUCGUUCUCUGAUAUCUCUAGCCGUUUGACCGACAGAGUUGCGGACUCUGAAGAGUUUGACACUAUCCUUGAGAGCAUGACAAACUUCCGAGCGCCUGAAGGCCUGAAUGAUUCUGGCACAUUCGAGCUACACCCUCGCUAUAUUGAGAUGAUUGACCCGUAUUAUGCCUACUAUAAUCGCAACCAGCGCGAGGAGGCCGAGACCGUUUACAGAGAAUACAUGGCCAAGAAGACCAACAAGCCGGCUGCAGAAAUCGUCUUCGAACCUCAACUCCAGCCCAUAAAUUCCGGACUCUUCAAGCACUUGGGUGCAUUCACUCAGACUACUUUCUUCAGUAGUAUCAUCUACUGGGGCAUUGAGUUUUGUCUGCGUCACGAUCAGGCCAUCGAAAAUGCUCAGAUAACGAGAAUCGAAACCAUGCUUCAUGUGGUCCUGCACCUCACUCUUCUGGCCGUGAUGGAAGAUGCUACUCCGAAGGGACCGAAGCCAAUGGUUGCAGAAGACAGCUUUGUCAGGCUAGCCAUCUCAGUGUCACACAGCGAAGAGAGCUCAGACAAGACCAUUGUAGAGUCACUUUUCCGCUUGUCGAGAAUCAAGGCAUUCGCCUCCUGCGCGCCUAAGGCUCUGCAUACCCUGGAUCUGAUGUCCGGGAAGUGGCCAGAAGAAUUUGCCAAUGCCAAAUCAAGAUUAUUGCCAGAUGAUAAAGAAGAUGUCUCUGAGAGUGCAGCCAAACCCGCCGAGGAUAAGGAAGCUAAGAAGAAAGCUGCGCUCGAGCGACAGGCGCGAGUCAUGGCACAGUUCAAGGCGCAACAAACAUCUUUCAUGGAAAACCAAGGCUUGGAUUGGGAAGCUGACGACUACAGCGAUAUGGAACAAGACAACGACUUGAAAGAGAACACUGUUGAGACCAAGGUUCGUCCCUUCCCUCAAGAACCCUGUAUUCUGUGUCAAGAGGACACCGAUGAUAGCAGAGUUUAUGGAACCUUUGCCUUUAUUGCACCGAGCAGGAUUCUCAGACAAACUCCGAUCGACGACAAAGAUUUUGUGACGGAAGUCUUGGAUACCCCAGAGAAUCUCGACCAUUCUGCGGAUGCUAUCAGACCAUUCGGCGUUGCCAAAUUCGCGACAGAAGGCGAGAAAUUGAACGCAGAUGGCUCAAAGGGCACACAAGAAAGACGAGGCCUCGGAAAAGGGUUCCCGCACAACAAAGCAUUCCAUGGGCCGGUGCUGAACAGUUGCGGACACAUCAUGCAUUUCAGCUGUUUUGAAGCUUAUCUGACAGCAACCAAGAGAAGACAUACACAACACAUCUCACGCAACCACCCUGAGAGGCCUGACACAGUGGAGUUUAUCUGCCCCCUCUGCAAGGCCCUAGGCAACACAUUCUUACCGAUCAUCUGGAAGGAAAAGCAUUAUCGUCCGUCGCAUAUACUCGAUCAACAGUGCGCUGGCUUCGAGCAAUGGAUCCACGACCACGACGAGCUUAGGAGUGCGGACGAAUUGGGCCGACUGCCGUCGAGCGAAUCUAUGCGUGAGUCGCAUAUGGACUUCAUGCAGAAGGCAUUGGUCCCCACCCUAGCAUCUUCUUACCCGCAAGGAGUUUCGUCCACAUAUGCCUUGGAGGCCCGUUCACAAGAAUCAGAGUCGGAUACACAAAGCUCCGAAGAAGAGUCAAGGUCGAUAAUCCCGGAGGUUGUUCGAAGAGCGGCAGCCAACUUCAACGGAAUAGAAACCCUGGUGAACUUGACACCAAGAUUGGAAAGUCUAACCAACCUUGCGAGCAGGUUCGAUGGCCGAUCUCGACCCGCUACGCCGUCUGCUGAGCUUAAGAGAGCAUACAACCGCAUCGAGGAGAGCUUGAGUCCGAUCGGCGCCUUGAAGCCAAACACUAUCGGACUCGAACCCGGCACUCAAUCUUCGACGAUACGCCUUGCCGAGACACUGUGCAACACCUUGGCUUUUACUGUCUCGAGCAUGGAGAUCUCAUACCGAGGGGUUCCGAAUUCCCCAGAAGGCGAGACUGGAACAUUCCUUGACUCAAUCUCUGAGCAGAGCAUGAAGACUCUUCGCAUUCUUUCGGAGACCGUUCGCACUGCGACUGCAGCCGCUGCCGUUAAAAGCGGUGUUCCCGAAUAUCUCAGAGAGUCCAGAGUACAUGGUUCAUGGGCACAUCAGCUAAAGAAAGUUUUCGGAGACGACUCUGGCGAGAACCCAGCACUUUCUAACGCUUCCUUGUUCGGGCACGACAUUUUCAGCUUCUUUGCGAAUUGUGCGGUCAAUGAAGUGCCGAUGGGUCAAAGUAUGCACCACGUUCUUAGACUGUGCUAUUCAGCUGAGCUAGUCAAAGUCAUUGUUACGUUCUUGUGCCGCGAUUCUCUCCGAGAGGCCUCGCAGACCAGUCAGACAGGUACCUGGGACGUUUCGGAUAUCAAGCUGUUCCAGAAGUGGUGCAAGGACCAGGAUGAUGUACAAUUCAGCCCACACAUCUCUUCCUCACGCCUCGCCGAGCAAAGCUUCUGGGAGUUGGAGUGGGAAGCACCAGCCCUCAGCAAGGUGAUCGACGCUUACGCUCUUACAUUCUUGAGAAAGGCUCUGCUGUUGACUCACAUACAUUUCGGUAUGGAUUUUGCGGACUUUAACGCAAAUGCAGAGCUGCCGGAGUUGCAACGUCUAGCUAAGGUCCUCCGUCUACCUAGACCUCAAGAAGUAGUGGCCCAACUUGGCCAUGAUGAGCAGAUUCAGGCGCUCGCAGCGCGUUGGGUAGAUAGCGUUCUUGUCAGUACUGCCACGAAGGAGAGGAUGCGUGCGGAUGCGCAGUAUCUCGGCCACCCUGCCAUCUUCGAGCUCGUUGGCCUGCCUAAGCACUAUGAUACUUUGACCGAGGAAGCUAUCAAGCGCCGCUGUCCUACGACAGGCAAGGAAGUAUCGGAUCCCGCCAUCUGCCUGUUCUGUGGUGAGAUCUUCUGCAGCCAAGCCAGUUGCUGCAUGACGGAUCGGAACAAGGGCGGUUGCUUCCAGCAUCGCGAGAAAUGCAGCGGUAACAUCGGCAUUUUCAUCAACAUCCGCAAGUGUAUGGUACUGUUCCUACAUCACAACCACGGUAGCUGGUACCAUGCGCCUUACCUUGACCGUCACGGCGAAGUCGACCCUACACUUCGUCGUCACCACCAGCUCUUCCUAAAUCAGAAGAGAUACGACAAGCUGCUCAGGGAGGCAUGGCUUAAUCACGGUGUGCCUAGUGUUAUCUCCAGAAGACUUGAGGGUGAUAUGAACACUGGAGGAUGGGAGACGCUAUAGAAUUAUCACAUCAGUAGUGGGUAGUAUUAUGCAUCGGUUUGGCGUUAUUGAGUGCUCGCAUACAUAGAUUAUAGCACUGUCAAUCUUAACUCGUUGAUUGGG